AAGAACCGUCCGGUUCAGUACAAUUCGACAGCUGCGUGGUGACGAAGAGCAGCCGCAGCCGCGAUUGAGUUCUCCCAGGUGAUAAACGCAUCACCCGAUUGCCAUCAAAAUCUUCAUUCCUUGUUCUUCAAUUCUUCUGCAAAAACAAUUGUAGUAUAAGCCCCUUUUACGAAGAAUUAAUGGAUGGACAAACCCUAGCUUCAUCGUCUUCAUCAUCCAGUCGUGACUCCGCCAACCCUUCGCCGCCGCAAGAUGCUUGGAUUACUACUUAUCUCAAGUUAUUCCCUCAGUGGGAAUCAGUUUCCUCUGCCAGCCGGGUAAUGAUCCCAAUUGAUAUAUCCAGAGUUAAUCAGGUUGAUGCUGCAAGGCUAGAUAUCGAAAUGUCGGCCAUGCUGAAAGAACAGUUGGUUAAAGUUUUUUCUUUGAUGAAGCCAGGAAUUCUAUUUCAAUAUGAACCCGAACUUGAUGCUUUUCUCGAAUUUCUUAUAUGGCGAUUUUCCAUAUGGGUUGACAAGCCUACUCCCGGUAAUGCUCUCAUGAAUUUGAGGUAUAGAGAUGAACGUGCAGUUGAAGUAACCGGGAAAGUUAGAACGGGAUUAGAAGGGCCGGGAUUAACUGCUUCUCAGAAAAUGUGGUACUGCAUUGCUACUGUCGGUGGUCAAUAUAUAUGGUCACGCCUUCAAUCAUUUUCUGCUUUUCGUAGAUGGGGUAACACAGAACAGAGGUCACUAGCUCGUUGGAGCUGGUUCUUAUUGCAAAAAAUUGAAGGAUUCUAUAAGGCUGCAUCUUUCGGAAAUCUACUCUUAUUUCUUGUUACAGGAAGGUAUAGGAAUCUUGUCGAGAGGGCCUUAAAGGCAAGACUCGUCUAUGGAAGCCCUAAUAUGAAUCGAGCUGUAAGCUUCGAAUACAUGAAUCGACAGUUGGUUUGGAAUGAAUUUUCGGAAAUGCUGCUGUUGCUUCUCCCACUCCUCAAUUCGUCGUCAGUUAAAAAUUUCCUCCGCCCAUUCUCCAAAGAUAAAUCAUCGAACUCAGAGGGAGACGAUGCUUUAUGCCCCCUCUGCCAUGCCACCCCAACCACUCCAUUUUUAGCGCUCCCGUGUCAACACAGGUAUUGCUACUACUGUCUUCAGACAAGAUGUUCUGCAGCCACGACGUCAUUCAGAUGCUCCCGGUGCAACGAGCCUGUUGUUGCUAUGCAGCGCCAUGUAGGAAAUUCCGACAAUGUGCCUCACUGAGAAUACAUCGAAACAACCGAACAAUCUAGGAAGAGCAUCCACACUCCGCCAUCGAUCCCUAGUAAGAAAACACGAUUCUUUGAUGAAGCAAAUUCCUGCUCCACUCCAUUGUCCAAAUGAAUAUCAAAUAUUUACCUCUCUCUCUAUAUAUAUAUGCUAUAGCUUUCUGGGCUCAAUUUUUUCCCCUCCGAUUACGCCUUUUUCAUGUCUUCUACCAGAAUCGAUAGUUCCAGAAAACAAUCUACAGUUCUCGAUUGUAAAUCGAUCUUUUGCGGUCGAAACUUACAGGCCAGCAGAAGCAGAAGAUGGUUGUUAUUGAUGAGGCUCUGUGGUAAAAGUAAGUGGUAAUUUCAGGUAAAAUGAUAUAUAUAUAUAUAUGUAUGUCUUAUUUGUGUAUUGUUGUUGUGAAGCACAAACACAGAAUUCAAAUGCCUAAAUUGUUUUCUGGUCAGAAUUUGUUCUUUAGAAGAAGCUUGUUAGGGUGAAAAUGAUCAUACUAGUAAUAUUUUAAUAUAAAUGCAGGGAAUAUUCUAUUUACAAUUAAUUGUAUAAUUUACUGUUAUCUUUGCAGAAAUUUUAACAUAAUCGGGGGAAAUUUUAUUUA